AUGAAAUUUCUUAUUCGAAAUUAUCAAAAAAUUCAUCUCAAUUCACCGAUUGUGAUCAAUUCGACAACUACUCAAUUUGUUCUUAUUGAUUUAUCAACACGUUUAAAUGAAUUAGCAUCUGCUAUGUUAGAAGUUUUGUGUUCAUUGACAGAAGAUUCAAUAAUCGAAUUAGAAAUGAAUUCGAAUUUGAAUAAAUUAUCCAAAGAAAAUCUCGUUUUAUUUGUUAGUAGUGAAUUUGCUUUGACAAUGAAAGAACAAUUUGGAAAAAUAUUUAUUCUUGAAAAUGACAAAAGUAAAAUUGAUAAUGAAAAACGAUUUGGAAAUGGAGAAGAUUUGAUUUAUUCGUUAGCUGAUGAAAUUUAUCGUUGUUAUAUGAAAGAAUCAAAAGAAUAUCUUCAAAAUGGUGAUUUAAUCAAUGCAAAAUUAAAAGAAGAAAAAGCCAAUGAAAUUCAUCAUGAAUUGAAAAAAAUCUAUAAAUCAAUUUCUUCUCUUCAAACACAAAUUUCAAUCUCAAAUCCUCCUUUAACAAAACUCAUUUGGAUUAAAUCAAAAAUUCAAAUAAAUCAUAUUGAAAUCGAAAAAAUAGAAAAUCAUUUUUCCGAAGUUAUUUCUUCUUUUUUAGUUUUUAACGAUCCAUUGAUUUGUCAUCAACGUAUCCUUGACAAUGAAAUUCAGACAAAAAUCUUUCUUAUUAUCGAUUCAAAUUAUGACGAAUCAAUUAUCAAUGAUUUUCAAAAACUUUCCAAUGUCAAAAUUGUGAUUCGUUAUGGACAAAUCUCAUCAGAAAAUGAAACAAUUAUUGAUAAUUACGAUGAUUUAUGUUUUCAUUUGACUCAUGAACUUCUCACUCAUUAUAAUCAAUUGGGUUCUUUCUACAGUAACAAACAAGAUGCAAAAACCGCUAAAGACAUGUAUAUCAAAGCACAAUUACUUUGUCAAAUGGAUUUUUGA